AGGAUUGCAAGGGUGGAAUGACUUCAAACAGCGUUGGAUUUACAGCAAUAAGCUUGUUUAUUUAUGAUAUGAUUGAUGAAGUGGAGGAGAGACACAGGAGCGGUGCAGCACAUCGGGCCCUUGUAGGGCACGUCAGUCGCCCGGGAUGGGUGUGUCGAUGAGCGUCACGGAAGCUCCGGUGGCAGUGGGAAAUGAAUAAAUCCCAGCCCGCGGUCCUAAUGGGCAAGAGUUUAACUGGAAUUCAUGCGUGGUCCUCCUAUUUCAGUAGGAGGUUCAUAUACACCGGACAAUACCGAGGUUGAUUGUAGUUCAUGUGAAAGCAGGGUUCGAGGAGUUUGGUGUUGUAAGGUGAAUUGAUUCUCUGGAGUAUUGGAUCUGCAGUCUUUCCUUCAUAGGUGUUCAUCUGCAGGCGAAGGACCUCAAGCAAGACCAAGAGAAUGUUCGAUAUAUUAUUUGUGAUGAUAUUUGGAUUGUCAGGGCGUGUUCUGACUAAAGACACAGACACAAAAGGGAGGUUCAGUUCUCCAGUUUUGGAUGUUACUGAAAAGCAGCUUAUUAUAGAGAGAAAUCAGACACUUCAGCUAAACUGCAGAGGACGGUGGGAGCUCCAGUGGGUUUUGCCAUCAGGCGUCCCGAAAGUGUACCACGGCAUGCAGAUAAAAGAGACUCGCUGCGGGAAGAAAAAUAACCAAUACUGCAGCCGCCUGAUGCUCAGUCCUGCUUUAGCUCAACACACUGGCUCUUACCGCUGCAGGUACCGCCAAAAGCAUCGCAAACAGGCCUCUGUGUACGUCUACAUCACAGAUAGCCAGCGGCCAUUUGUAAAGGUGCAGUCAGAGAUCCCAGAUGUGGUGUACAUGAAGGAGGGAGAGCCGUUGGUCUUCCCCUGCAGAGUCACAAACCCGGAUGCCAAAGUCUCAUUGGUCAAGUUUCCUUUCCACCCGAUAGCUCCUGAUUAUAGAAACAUCAUCUGGAAUAGCAGGCACGGUUUCACUAUUCGUAGUCCCACAUUCUUCUACAUCGGGCUAUUUUCCUGUGAAACUAUUGUCAAUGGAGUCAAAUAUAGCAACAGGUUCUUGACUCACAGGCCAGUGAAUAAAAUCCUGGAUGUGUAUUUGAACAGCACGGGUUUGGUCCACAUGUUACAGGGCCAGAUGUUAGCACUGAACUGCACUGUUACAGCUGAGUGGAACGCCAGGGUGUCCAUUAGCUGGACAUACCCUCAAAAGGCUAAUGGAUCUGCCAAUAUCAUCAGACGCAUAUCAGGGAGCAGAACCAACAUGCUGUUCUACAGUGUCCUCACCAUCCCCAGCCUGAGCAAAGCAGACAGAGGACUUUACAAAUGUCAUGUAACAAGUGGUCCAUCCAAGCGAGAAACAAAUACCACAGUUAUUGUCUAUGACCAGCCUUUCAUUCGACUCAAUCACAGAGAUGGCCCUGUGGUUCAGGCUUCUGCAGGACAGAAAUCUUUCCGUCUUACUCCAAAACUAAAGGCUUUCCCUGCACCUGAAGUCAUCUGGUUAAAGGAUGGGAUGGUUGCCGCCGAGCAGUGCUCCCGUUACCAUGUAGACAGAUUCUCUCUGGUCAUUCGGGAUGUCGCUGAAGAGGAUGCAGGAAUCUACACCAUCCUUACUGGCAUCCAGCAGUAUGGACUUUUCCAGAACCUCACACUCACAUUGGUGGUAAAUGUGAAACCACAGAUUGGAGAAAAGACAGUUUCCUCUCAGCAACCUGGGACUGUCCAGCGAGGCAGUAGACAAGCCCUGCAUUGCACCUCUCACGGUGUCCCACCACCUAAAAUCCAGUGGCUCUGGCAUCCUUGCCCUCCGAAAGGCCUAUGCGAGAAACCUCCUCCUCCUUCCUGGACUGCAGUCCGCAAGAAGACAGAAGUCAAGUCCACCCACAAUCCCAUCCUGACCAUCAGCCACAGACAGGAAGUGUUAGAAGGGAAGAAUAAGACUGUAGGAAUUCUGACAGUUGGCGAAGCAUUGAUAUCUGGCAUAUAUCGCUGUGUUGCAUCAAACUUAAUGGGCAAAGAUGAACUAGACAUCCAUUUCUAUGUCACAGAUGUCAAAGGAGGCCUUAUCGCAUCUUUGGAGGAAGAACCCAGAGAGGGAGGGGACCUUCAUCUGGUCUGUAUAGCCAAUAGGCACCUCUAUUCAGACCUGUCAUGGUAUAGAUUAAUAAAUCAAUCCUCAACAUCAGAGGGAGCUUCAGUUCUCACCGGGGUGCUCACAGAAGGGCAGUUCUCUCACACUCUGUACCUUCUGCUGAAGAAUGUGACUGCACAGGAUUCAGGAACAUACCGCUGUUCCGCCACACACCUGCUUACAGGAGAACAUACACACCUAGAUACAGCAGUGGAGAUCACAGUUCUGCAGGCACCGGUUCUGCUGCGAAAUCUGAGCUAUCACAAUGUUAACGUUAGCAAUUCAGUCACUCUUCGCUGCCCCGCUCGGGGAAUUCCAUACCCCCAGAUCACAUGGUAUAAGGACCAAAGGAAGCUGCAGCAGGUGCCUGAGGAAGGGACUCUUCACAUCGACCGAAUUACAGUUGAAGACCAGGGACUUUAUACCUGUGAGGCCACCAAUGAAAGAGGGUCUGUGGAGAGCUCCGCCCACAUUUGGGUUCAAAGUUCACCUGAGUCCCUUUUUCUGGAGAUCCCAACUCUAGCAUGUACGUGUGUGGUGGCCACGCUCUUCUGGCUGCUUCUCACACUGCUGAUUCACAAACUCAAACAGCCAAACUCCACUAGUGGCAAAGCAGAGUACCUGCCAAUCAUCCUGCAUCCAGGGGAGGAGCCUCUCGUUGAGCACUGUGACAGGUUACAGUAUGAUCCUGCCCAAUGGGAGUUUCCACGUGACCGCCUUAAACUAGAAAAGCCCCUUGGGCGAGGGGCAUUUGGGCGAGUAAUGCAGUCCUCAGCUUUCGGCAUUUGCAGUUCAGCCAGCUGCACCACAGUGGCUGUCAAAAUGCUUAAAGAUGGCGCUACGCCCAGUGAACACAAGGCUCUGAUGACAGAACUGAAGAUCCUCAAUCAUAUUGGUCAUCACCUCAAUGUGGUCAAUCUUCUUGGUGCAUGUACCAAAACAGGUCUGCAUGUCAUAAUUUCUCUGUAAACCCUCAAUGUUUGG